CUCGUUCAAUAAAGCUUGAAAGAAAACCACUGGCUUCAGUCGUUACCAUAGUAACAACGCAAACCGUCAACUCGCUGGCUAACAGUACCAAAGAUAACUGCAAAGUAAAAUCAUUAUUUUUGAAGGAUAAAGUAUAAUUGACCACCUGGUGUUACAUAGGAUGACUUUAUGCCGGAUGCAGAGUCUCAGACUCGCAGCUGUACUGGAGGACUGCUCGAACCAGUUGGACAUACUGGGGCACACUCUGAGAGUGCAGAUCAGCAGCGAGCGAGGCGCAGAGGCAGGACAGGAGAGAGCGAGGCUUGCUAAGCUGAGAAGGGACUGCCAGUACAUCUCACAGCAGGUGUAUAAGCUGCAUUUACAGCUAGAGGAGAGGCACAGUUUCAGCUCUAUGUUGGAUGUUGUGGAGGAAGAAGAGCAGAAGAAGAUGGCUGAGGACAUGAAAAGAGAGAAAGAAAAAGAGCUGAAACAGAGGAAUGACGCUCUGCGCAGACAGCAAGAGGAACUCAGGCAGAAAACUCAGCAAAUAAAUGUGUUGAAACAGCAGAGCAGAUACUUAAAGGAACAGGUUUGUGCGCAGUCAUUAGAAAUUGCCAGCAGGCGGAGGACUGCAGAGAAUUACAUGGAGAUGCAACUCCAGCUGGCACAAAAAGAGACCAUCAAGGCCGAGAAGGUGCUGGAAGAGCAGCUAGAGCUGCUGCAGAAACAGCUGAAGGAAGAGGUGAGAAUUCACGAGGAGUCAGUAAAAUUCCUGCAAAAUCAGCAAGAGGUGUUGCAGCAGCAACUGCAGCAAUGGCAGCAGCUCACCAUCCAAAUGCUAGAGGAGAAGGAGCAGCAGCUCAACAGUGUGUCCUGCAAACAAACAGUGAACUGGGACAAACUGUCAGAGAUGAGGAGAAAGUUCAGGGAGAUGGAGCAGAUCGUGAUGGAGGACAGGGAGGAGCAGGAGAAAAUGCGCCAACAGCAGGAAGAGGCCGAAGCUGCUACAAAGCUCCAGGCCUGGUGGAGAGGCUGCAUGGUCCGCAGAGGCCUCGGUAGUUUUAAAAAAACAGAUGAUGGCAAAAAAGGCAAGAAGAAGAAAGAAGGAAAGAAGAAAAAGAAAUGAAAUGCUUCUCAUUUCUCUUUAUUAAAUUAUAUAUUUAAUAAACAGCAAGUUCCAGAACAA